AUGACUCAGACCGAUCUUAACAAGUAUUUGAUAAACGACGUUAAUUCGUACUUGCCUACCUAUUCCUGCUUUGUCGAUCGUGUACAAGUCUGUGCUAAAGGCGGCAAUCUGGGUCCACUCUCUAUAAGCGCUAUCUAUUGCGUUCUUGUGAUAAACCCGAAUUCGGUCACAUCCUUCGCCAAUGUUAUUGUCUCGUUUGACAACCAACCUAUUUCCAGUAGUACACCACCACCAGUAGCAAAUUCGACGUCGGCCGCAGCGCAACCGACGGCCGGCACACCAACGAGCGGCACACCAACGACAACCAAUGCUAUUACCACCGUGAUCACGGUUAAUGGAGGCAUGAAGGUUAAAUGGGACUUUAUGAGCAUCUUUAUCUUUGGGCUUAGUUCGAUCAUUUGGUAUUUUGGGGGGCUAUUUUAG